AUGGGAAGAGGGCCGAUUCGAUGGGGUUCCUUUCCAACUGGGCUUUGCAAAGGUUGGGGCACCGCCGCCACGAGCAAGGAUCAUGGGUGGUGCGUCCCCUGUCCUGCCCCAGCACCAAAGCACCAUGGCGACCGGGAGGAUGGUGGUGGAAUUGGGGACAGCGACCAGGAGGAUGGUGCUGGAAUUGGGGACAAGGCGAUGGACAAUGCUAGUGGUGCUGGACUUCCGGCCAAUGAAGAUAAUGCCAUUGCCAUGCUACGGUAUCUAAAUUCUGAUUCAGAAGCAUCAAUCUCAUAUGGCCAUUUCCGGAACUUCAUGCUUCUACUUCCUUCAGAACGCCUUGAGGAUGAUCCUCGGAACAUCUGGUUUGAAGCUGCUACUGUUGUUGCUGUUCCCCCACCUAUAGAAAUAUCCACAGGAAGUGUUUUGAAGUCUGCUUUAGCUGGAGGUCUUGCAAGUGCGCUCUCUACCUCUCUGCUGCAUCCUAUUGAUUCAAUGAAGACACGUGUCCAAGCAUCUACACUCUCAUUUCCAGAGCUCAUUUCAAAGCUUCCACAAAUUGGGCUUCAGGGAUUGUAUCGAGGUUCUAUCCCAGCAAUUCUUGGCCAGUUUUCAAGCCAUGGUUUGAGGACAGGAAUCUUUGAAGCAAGCAAGCUUGUAUUAAUUAAUGUCGCUCCGACACUUCCAGAGAUUCAGGUGCAAUCAAUGGCUUCCUUCUGCAGCACAGUCCUAGGCACUGCAGUCCGUAUACCUUGUGAGGUUCUUAAGCAGCGUUUGCAAGCUGGAAUCUUCAACAAUGUAGGGGAGGCAAUUGUUGGCACCAUGCGACAAGAUGGCCCAAAGGGAUUUUUUCGUGGCACUGGGGCCACACUCUGUCGCGAGGUUCCGUUCUAUGUCGCUGGAAUGUGCCUCUAUGCAGAAGCUAAGAAGGCAGCACAGCAUGUUUUGAAGAGAGACUUGGAUGCAUGGGAAACAGUGGCAGUGGGAGCAUUGUCUGGAGGACUUGCGGCAAUAGUGACCACUCCAUUUGACGUGAUGAAGACGCGGAUGAUGACUGCCCCUCCAGGCACACCAGUGUCUAUGCAGAUGAUAGUAUUCUCCAUCCUUAGAAAUGAGGGUCCACUUGGGCUUUUUAAGGGCGCGAUCCCCCGCUUCUUCUGGAUUGCCCCUCUUGGUGCAAUGAACUUUGCAGGCUACGAGCUUGCCAAGAAGGCGAUGAUCGAAGAUGAGAGCAAGUCCAGAGAAUCAAUAGAGGAGAAGAAAAUCAUGGUGGUUUCCAGAGGAUAA